CAACGGCAGGCCCUCUCAGAUGCUGCCGCGACACGUACCCGCCGUAUCACUUGGCUUGGUCUAGGCGCAAUGGGUCUGCAGUUCGGCAUCCUCGCUCGCCUUACCUGGUGGGAGUACUCCUGGGAUAUCAUGGAGCCAGUGACAUAUUUUGUUGGAUAUGGCACUAGCAUGGCAAUUUACGCCUAUUAUGUGACCACACGACAGGUACAACUUGGCCUUGAAAGUUUCAGAAAGCCGACUGUCGGCUAA